UGUGCCACCGUUUUUUUAUGCUGAGAGAAAAGAGACUGACGCUUGAGCGGGUGGAGACUGCUACACAUUUAAAUCCCCCGGGUCGGGUUUUCAGCGUUUAGUAACUAUAUAUUUUCCUUUUUUUUAUUUUCUUUCUAUUGUUGGAUUCUUUAGAGCUGGUUUAAUGUCGUAAAUGACAGGUCUGUAAGGGCGUCGUUGUUGGGAAGUUUUUUCGAGGGAGGGUUUUGACCAGCAUAGGGCCAUGGCAGUCGAGGCUCGGCCGGAGCUGGUCGGGAAGCGAUUCCUCUGUGUCAGCGGGGACGAGCCGCCUGAAAUCGGCGACUUCGGUCGGUGGCCGUGGAGGACUGGAGUCAUACGAGCCGUUAAUCAUCGUGACAGCGACAACCCCGACCUGACGGUAUACGUGGAGUUUGACGACCAGGAGUGGGAGAACAGAGAGUGGGUGAAGGUCUAUGAGGAUUUCCAGCUGUUUCUGCUGGAGCACCAGCUGGUCUGGGCCAAGAGGAAGGAGGGAGCCGGAGGAGCGGGAGCAGGUGGAGGAGCAGGAGGCGUGCUGCAAGGAACCAAGGCCAAACACGAAGGGGCCCUCCCGGGCGUUUAAGCCAGUGGUGGGGAAGAGCCUGUUGUCGUCAGUAACGGCGGUGGAAUUCUUGUUAGACCGACAGCUGGACUUCCUGUCUGACCAUUCAGCCUUCCAACCCUACCAGGAUGAAGUGGACAGUCAGAACCCAGUGUUAAGAGACAACCACCAGCUCCAUGAAGAAGUGAGGGGCUGGCUCAAAGACCAGAAGGUGCAGGAAAUUUUUAUGCAAGGUCCCUAUUCAUUGAAUGGCUACCGCGUGCGUGUGUACAGACAAGACUCGGCCACCCAGUGGUUCACGGGCAUCAUUACACACCACGACCUCUUCAGUCGAAACAUGGUCGUUAUGAAUGACCAGGUGCUAGAGCCUCAGAACGUGGACCCAUCUAUGAUCCAGAUGACCUUUCUGGAUGACGUGGUUCACUCCCUGCUAAAAGGAGAAAACAUCGGCAUCACUUCCAGAAGAAGGUCACGAUCCAGCCAGAACAACAACACUGCCCACAUGGCGGGAGGGAGACCCGGCGGGACCACUGGCAACACUCAGAGUCAUUACACACGAGCCCAGGCCAACAGCCCCCGCCCCAUUAUGACCUCAGCAGGCCCCAACCCGAAAGGUUCCCAGGGGACGCUGGCCUCUCAACAGCAGAGCCAAUCACAGCAAAGCCAGCAACCAGCCAGCCAAUCGCACCACUCGCCCAGCAGCAGUGGGAGGGAGCAGAGAGAGCAGCGCAACUCUCGCUCCUCCAGGAGGAAAGGAUCCGACAGCAGCGUUCCAGAGGAGGACAAGGACAGGAGAGAAGAGACCCCAGGGAGAGACUCCAAGUCCAAGGCCAAGCAGGCGCUGAACAAACGCAGGAAGGGCGAGGAAGAGGAGAAGAAGGCAGGUCUAAAGAGGUUGAAAACAGACAUGACCUCUGACCUGUCAGAGAGCAGCGACUCAGAAAACCCACACAACAAGAGGACCUCAUGCUCCUCUUCCUCCUCAUCGUCAUCCUCCUCCUCCUCCUCGUCCUCCUCGUCCUCCUCAGAGCCCAACUCCGAGAAUGAGCUAAAGACUCGCAGCACUGAUGCGAAACAAAGCGGUGUUUCCAAAAAGGAGGAGGAGGAGAAGCCGCUGAUGCAGGCCACCAAAAUGAAUAAUUCUUCAUCUCUUAUUGGUCGCCUGUCCCCGUGGGUGGAGCUUCAGGUAGCGGAGGACAGCAAGAAGGGCGUGGUUAAGGAAACGGGCAAAAUGACAACGAAGGAGGAGGAGGAGUUGGUCGCGGUAACACAGAUCACCCAAUCACCGCGGCAACAGACGCCUGUGAUGUCCGACACCGUCCAGGGUGGCAGUAUGGAGAACAGCAAGAACACUGUGAAAGCGUCAUCUCGAUCCCAGACGCCAUUGUUGUCCCACCUGGGAGGCAGCAGUGUAAUCGACAUCACAGAUGAUGCCCAGGCCACGGUGCACCAGGAGAGUUCAGAGGCAGUGUCAGCCCUGCUCGCGUCCCAGAAGGCCGAAUCCACGGCCCUCUCCCCUUACCUCCCCCUCAACCCCUCCCCCGUCUCCUCGCCUCCCGUCCCUCCGUCUCCCUCACCAUCAGAAGGAGGCCGCAGGACGGAUAUUGAGCCUCCCAUGCAGCAGCAGCAGGGCAUUAUGGGAGGUGGCUUGACAGCAGCCAGGAGCUUAGGCAACAAGAUAGAGUUCGCUCCCUCUGAGGUUAUCAGGCCUGUCGCAUCGAUGGUUCAAAAUGUGGUGCUGGUGGAGAAGGAGAAAACUGUCCUUCCUCUUCCUCUUCAUCAUCAUCAUCAACAGCCGCAGCAGCCGCAGCAUCAUCAUCAUCAGCACACACAACAACAUCAGCAGCAGCACUACACAGCUAUCCACCCCAGCAUUAAGAGCCCGUCUCUGUCUGAGGAGACGAGAAAACACCCACAGCAACCACAACAACCGACUCCCCACAAGAUGAACACAGUCCCCCCCCCUGACUUAACCAAAUCUAGAAUGAGCCCCAACCCAGCUCAGCUUGACUCCCUCAAACAGAAACCCCAGCACCCCAACAACUCUCAGAGCCAUCCCUACCCCAACACAAAUCCAGCUGACCUUCUCAAGGCUAAGCCCCACCCGGGCCUGCUGGACAUCUCUAAACCUAAACCCAACACCUCCCCCGAGGUCUCUAAACAUAAAAUACAAAGGUACCCUGAUACCUCCCCACCUCCGAUAGGCCGUUUGUCGGCUAAAGUAGAACCAGCUGAGCCUCCGCGGUCUGGUUUCAAGCCGAUGCCGGCACGGUCGGAGUCGGGGGGAGUCGGCCCAAGCGUUAGCAGUAGCACCAAGAGUCCUCUGAUCAUCGAUAAGAACGAGACCUUCACCAUUUACAGGGACCCGGCGCUGGUCCGCUCAGACGCAGAGAACUCUGUCUCGGCCACCGUCUCCUCCAACCACGUGGCAGCCUAUCUCCACCCCCACCUGCACACCCUUCAUUCCCCCUCCCCUCACUCCCCCUGUCUCACGUCCGCAUCCCACUCCCACGCCACAUCCCACCUCCUCGCCCCCCCUCACACCUCUGCCCUGCCACACCCGCAUCUUUUACCCCCCGGAGUGCUCUCGGCCAUGCCUCCCCCUGCAGCAUCUCUCCUCGGGGGCCACCCUAGGCUUGACUCCCCCAGCGGGUUGGGCCACCUCGCCCUGCCUCACGCAGCCGCCGCACACCAACAGCAGUUCCUACAGGGUCAGGGCCCUCCUCCACCCCCUCUACUAGCCCAGGCUCACAGCGGGGCAGCAGGCCUGGGCCUUUACCCCAUCCUCUGGCAGUACCCCAAUGGAACACCAACCUCCUACCCCCCAGGGCUCAACCUGCCCCCCACAGCUAAGUGGGUCCACCCGGAAAAUCCUGUCACCGUGAAUUCCGAGGCCUCUCUCAGGAGGAACACAGCCAGUCCGUGGCUGCACCAGGGUGCCGGUAGUGCUGGCGACGGUCUGGGUUUGCUGAGCCACGUUCCCGUUCGGCCUGCCAGCGCCGACGCCCACCGUCCCCCGGUCAAGAUCAACACCCACGCAAGCCCUCCGCUGUCAAAGUCUAACAUGAACGCACAUAAAGAAGAUGUGGAUAAGAAGGGCUUCAUGGAUCCAAUCAGGACGUUGACUUUGGCCCAGCUGAAACAGGAGCAGACAGACAGGUGUCGAACCCCCACAGGGAAAGACGCCCAACUACGCCGCCUCUACCUGGACCCCAACUGCAAGGCUCGCCAGGUAAAUACACAAGAAGCGGUUCAGGCAGCAGACCGAGCCAGUAAAUACAAAGAGGAGAAUCGGCAAAUCCUGAAAGAGAGCAUCGAGGUCGCUCCCUUCACCGCUAAGAUCCAGCGCUCCAGUGACCCUGGGAUGGAUAGGGACCGAGAGAGGAGCAGAGAUCCAGCCUUCCCUGUGCGGUUACCAGCUCUAGCGUCCCCAGGCCUCAAGGCCGGCCACAUCCAUCCCCACGUCAUCCAAUCAGAGAAGAGCAAUUACUACACCACGCUGUCCAACAGUGUAGUAAAUGAGCCUCCAAGACUUUACCCCUCCAAGGAGCUCAGCUCUUACUAUGAGAAAGUGUCUGGCGGAGUUCCAGCAGUUGUGGCUAGUGUCGGGGCCACUGUGCCAAGCCAGGGAGCUCUGUCCCUGGGCAGUUAUAGCCCCAAAGCAUCCCUCUCCAAGCCCCCUCCCCUCAUUAAGCACCAGCCAGAGGGAGGAGAGGGUUUAGCAGGGAAAAUCACUGAGCAGCUCAGCCAGCAGGUGACACUUGUCCAACAGCAGCAUUUGCACCACGCAGGUAUAGACAGGAUAGAACGCCGCAGCCCUGCCAUUUCCCCUUCCUCCUCUACGCCUCUCUCUUCCUCCUCAGCACCCAACCACCACCACCAACACCAACACCACCACCACCACCACCACCACCAACAACAACAACAACAACAACAACAACAGCAGCAGCAGCAGCAGCAGCAGCAGCAGCAGCAGCAGCAGCAGCAGCAUCAGCAGCAGCAGCAGCAGCAACAGCUCAGGGCAAUGCCAUCUCUCCACCGAGCACCUGUGUUCCAUCCGCCCACACAGCACGCACUAGAACGCAGGGAGGCUGCAGAACGAGAGAGGGAGCGGGAGAAGGAAAGAGAGCGAGAGAGGGAAAGAGCAGUUUAUGGUGGACGCCUGUCUCCGCCAACACUCACACCCAUCCAGCCAGUUAGCUUAGCGGCAGCUGGUAGCAAAACUUCAGUGGAGCAGCAGAAGCCCCCCACGCUGCUGCCGGAACUCAGGGACGUCAAAGGUCAUAGAAACGCUGCCGUCGUCACCUCUGUGGCCUCGGCCAUCAGUGGGGAGAUCAUGACUUCAUCUACAGACGCGUGGAGAGUUGGAGAGAUGAUUCAGGAAAGACGAGGCUCAUUCUCUGGUGAGAAAGGAGUGUCAAGGGGCAAGCCCCAAUCCGCAAUGGCAUCCGUCAUUGUGCGUCCAUCGACAGCUAUUAAGUAUAACAGUCCUCCUGGUGCUAACAAAUCUGGUGCUAUGCUCCCUAAAGAGCUCCCUCAGGGGAGGUUCUACCCAUCCAAGCUUCAGGGGGAAUGCUUCAGACCAGGGGAGAGUGUUAGAGAAGCUGUAGCUGGCAGGGUUAUCCAACCUAACUCGAACCUGGACGACAUGUGUGUCCAGUAUAAAAAUACUUAUAUGCGUGGCAUGCAGGGAACUAUGGGGGCCAGUAUCACAAACUCUGUGUGCAGAACUGCGAUUUCAGCCGCAUCAGCUUUUAGUGUACAGAGUAUCAGUGGGACAGCCAUCUCUGAGCUGGGCUACUCUGUCUCAUCUCGAGGAGAGAUCUCAUCCCAUAACACUGGCUUUUGUGGCCGGGUGCCUAGCCACUCAGGACUAGGAGAGUACCAGGAAGGGUUAGGCUCACGCAACACAUCACCAGGGGGGUCUCUGCCUCCCUCUAGUCCAGCAGGGCCACCCCAACCGAGUCCAAGUCUCACCCCAACAUCUUCCUCCAUUUCUGGCUCCAGUCAGCCUUACUCCUCCUCCUUUGUCCACCUUAAGAAGCACAAAGCGGCCUUGGCUGCCGCCCAGUCCAGAAGCAACUUCUCCACUGUUCCAACAUCCAUCGCAACUGGAAACUGCUUCCUACCUGUGGAGUCAGUUGACAAAACCCCCAUACACAAUUCACCCCCUCCACCCCUCAGCCAAGCCUCAUCGUCUUCGAUCGACAGCAGUAGCGGCAGCUCGGCAAGCGGGAGCACAACAACGGGCAAGUCUAGUCCCCUGCCCAACGGCCAGAGCUCUGGAUCAGCCUCGACAAGCAGCGGGCAGCCCAGUAACUACCACAAGCUGAAGAAAGCCUGGUUAACCCGGCACUCAGAGGAGGACAGGAACACAACUGCCACUAUAUGCUCCACCAGUACUAAACCGGAGAAACUGCCCAGCAUCACCACCACCCCCACCACCACCACUACCAUCACCAGCACAAGUAACACCUCAGCCAUGGCGGAAAUGAUCAAACCCUGUACAGUCAAUCUCAGCGCCUCCACCUCCAGUGAGGUGGAGAUGAGCAAAGACAGUGCAAGCAAGGUGGAGCGAGAGAGGCAGCUGGAGGAGAAGGUGGGAGGAGGAGGAGGGGGGGAGGAGAGGAAAGCAGCUCCCUCAUCUAGGCGAGGAAACAAGCGGUCGUACGAGUCGGGUUCAGAGAGCGGGGGAGAUGACUCCGACGCCAGUGAGAGCAAAAUGGAAGGCAGAGCCAAGCGUCAGCCCAAACCCACCUACAAGAAGAAGCAGAAUGAUAUGGCCAAAAAGAAAGGAGACAACGAAAAGGAGGAAGAUGACGUGAAGCCCAACGGCAUCUUCAGAUCGGCCCGAGAGAAGACCAAACUCAAACUAGCCAGCAGCAAUGGGAUCCCCCGCUCUGUCCUGAAGGACUGGAGGAAGGUGAAGAAGCUGAAGCAGACCGCGGAGUCUUUCCUGCAGGAUGACUCGUGUGCUGAAAUUGGACCCAACCUGCAGAAGUGUCGGGAGUGCAGGGUGGUCCGCAGCAAGAAGGGAGAGGAGCCGACACAUUCCCCUGUCUUCUGUCGCUUCUACUAUUUCAGACGGCUUUCCUUCAGUAAAAAUGGGGUCAUCCGGAUGGAUGGCUUCUCCACUCCGGACCAGUUUGAUGAUGAAGCACUGUCCCUGUGGGUCCCUGGACUGAUGGAGGAGAGCCACCUGGACCAAACCACAGCCAAGUACAUCCUCAGCUUCAUAGGAGACAAGUUCUGUCAAAUGGUUGUGACUGAGAAUACUGCAGCCACCUGGGUCAAGAAGGAUGCCAAGCUGGCGUGGAAGCGAGCGGUGAGGGGGGUGAGGGAGAUGUGUGAUGCCUGCGAGGCAACACUCUUCAACAUCCACUGGGUCUGUCAGAAAUGUGGCUUCGUUGUCUGCUUGGACUGCUACAAGGCCAAGGAGAGAAGGAGCUCCAAAGAUAAGGAACUAUACGGCUGGCUUAAGUGUGUGAAAGGCCAACCCCACGAUCACAAACACCUGAUGCCCACACAGAUCAUACCUAGCACAGUGCUGACAGAGUUGGUGACUUCCAUGCACUCUAUGAGAGAGAAACACAACAUCAAAUCCCACUGCCCCUGCACCAACAAGCAGAACCUCCUUACCAAACUACCAGCCACCAACGGAGUCUCACAGGUUCUGCAGAACGUCCUGAACCACAGUAACAAACUGUCCCUGGUGAAAGCUGAGCCGGGCUCUCAGCAGAACUCUGACCAGGGUGGAACCAAGGCGGAGACUAACGGAGGGCGCGGUGGAGGAAGCAGUCCAGGCAGCGACGCGGGAAGCGCUCCUGUCACCCCGCCUGAGUCCCAGUCCCCUCUGCACUUCCUGGCUGACCUGGCAGAGCAGAAAUCCAGGGAGGAGAAGAAAGAAAACAAGUCUGUGCUGCUUGGUAAAUCGGUCAAGGAGGACAAGGACGGGGACAGCCUGGAGGUCCUGCAGCAGUGUAAAACCACUUCACUGGUGGCAAAUAGUACAGAGCAGGGCUCCACACUCAGAGAUCUGCUCACCACCACAGCAGGGAAGCUGAAGCUGGGCUCCACGGAUGCAGGAAUUGCCUUUGCACCAGUCUACUCCACUGCGUCACAGACUGGGAAAGGUGGGAGGACCAUGCCCAAUAUCCUUGAUGACAUCAUUGCUUCAGUAGUUGAGAAUAAAAUCCCUGCCAGCCGCCAGAGCAUCACCACCAAACUGUCAAUCAAGCAGGAGCCUGUCACCCCAAGCAACAACAACAACGUCCCUGUCCCUGCUAUUACUGAGGAUGCCAAACCAGACAGGAAGAAGUCAGCGCAUGUUACUGCAACAGGGCCAGAAGAAUCAACCAAUCAGUAUCCAGAUAUUCCCCACUGCUGGUUAAACAACAGGCGGUUACUGUGGCUCAAAGAUCACAGCAACCAGAACAACUGGAAGCUGUUCAGAGAGUGCUGGAAACAAGGACAGCCUGUGUUGGUGUCAGGGAUCCAUAAGCGACUGAAUGGCGGCCUGUGGAAAGCUGACUCCUUCAACCAGGAGUUUGCAGACCAUCAGGGAGACCUCCUGAAUUGUAAAGACCAGGUUGUGUCCAACUCUGGGAUCAAGGAGUUCUGGGACGGAUUUGAGGACAUCACUAAGCGGCCCAAGUCCAAGGAUGGAGAACCUAUGGUCUACAGACUGAAGGACUGGCCGUCUGGAGAGGAGUUCAUGGCCCUCAUGCCCUCAAGGUAUGAUGACUUGAUGAAGAACCUGCCCCUGCCAGAGUACUCGGAUCCAGAGGGCAACCUCAACCUGGCCUCCCACCUGCCAUCUUUCUUUGUCAGGCCGGAUCUGGGGCCGAGACUAUGCUGUGCCUACGGUGUAGCUGCAUCUCAGGACCAGGACUUUGGGACUGCCAACCUCCAUGUGGAAGUCUCAGAUGUCGUCUCUGUGCUGGUCUAUGUAGGAGUGGCCAAAGGCAAUGGAGUCCUGUCCAAAACUGGAGUGUUGAAGCGCCUAGAGGAGGAGGAUCUAGAUGAGGGGGUCAGAAGAAGGCUCAAAGACUCCAGUGAGACACCGGGGGCUCUGUGGCACAUCUACCUCAACAAAGACAUGGACAAAGUCCGAGAGUUCCUGCACAAGGAGCAGGGAUUGGACGUGUCGCUGGACCAGGACCCAAUCAGAGAGCAGGGCCUGUACCUGAGCAGGAAGCAGCGGCAGCGGCUGCUGGAUGAACACGGAGUCCAGGGCUGGACUGUAGUUCAAUUCCUGGGAGACUCUGUACUUAUACCAGCAGGGGCCAUGCACCAGGUCCAGAACCUCCACAGCUGUGUCCAGGUCAUCAAUGACUUUGUGUCUCCCGAGCACGUGGCCAACUCCUUCCACCUGACCCAGGAGCUCCGGCCCAAUAAAGAGGAGGUCAACUACGAGGAUAAACUACAGGUGAAGAACAUCCUGUACCACUGUGUGAAGGAGGUGGUGAGCUCCCUGAAGAGGGCCGGCUCUGAGGAGGACGAUGACAACGAGAACGAGAACUCAUGACCCCCCCACCCCACCCACCCUCAGCCUGGUGCUCACCUUCCAGGGAGGGACACGAUCCCAUCAGCACCGAGGACUAGCAGUGACCAAGUCAGAGCUGGUCAUGUGACCCAGGAUUGCCACACACAGCCAGGUGGCCAGUCAUCCCCCCCCCCCCCCCCGAACCUUCAGUGCCAAGAGGAGACACAAGACCAGAGGGUCCACCAGACUGACAGGGAUUAAACCUCAACUGCCACACCUCUUUGUUGGUUCAUAGACUCACAGCACAAGGAGGACAGAGGCAUUCUGGGAAAUGGAGGACAGCAUGAAGGUUGGGAGCCUUAUAAAAAGCCACUACAAGCCCCCACUGACGCAAAACUCUUUAGUGUGACUGAUGGUGCAUCCUGCCAAGAUCCAGUUUCCAUGGAGACUGCCCUGUUAGCUGAUGUUCACAGGUUGGAGACACUGAGCCCCCCCCCCCCCGCUGCUCUCUCACUGUAAUCUUUGUGGUUUAAUCCCUGUCUGUAGCAGCAGCCAACACGUCUUGGACAGAAGAUUUCGCUGAUUACAUCAGCAUCACCAGCAGCAAGCAGCAUCAGGACCCCAAUUGUCAUCUCUGCUGUUUAAAAAGAAUCUUGAAGAA